AUGAAGAUGAAGCUGAGGAUGAGGAUGGCAACGAUGAAGAUAACAAUUCCUAAAAGUCAUAGUAUUAAUGGCUUUGAUCGUGUAAGGUUAGCCCGGUUAGAGUAGUGGAUUUAUGAGCUGUAACACAGUGAAGAAGAGGUCUCUUCAGGAGAGAGAGACCGGCCGGGGGAUAUGUUUUUUAAAGGCCAAUAUCAAUAUUGACUGUGGUGGAAUGUCCUGUGGCCAGGAGGGAUGCAUACUCUAGACUUGGCUGACCAGGUUUCACACAGUCUGCUCUUUGUGUUGACCUCACUACACCCACACAACUCCUUUAUAGGACCCUUAAACACUGGAUACACUUUACUAUCAAUACCUAGUUCUACAUUUUGGCUAUAAAGAAAGCAUUUUACUUAUUAUCUGAGAUCUAUCUAUUUGAGAAUGUAUUCCAUCUUCUAUUUAUUAAAGUUAUUACACAUUUUUUAACUAGGCAAGAACAAAUUCUUAUUUACAAUGAAGGUCUACCCCGGACGACGCUGGGCCAAUUGUGCACUGCCCUAUGGGACUCCCAAUCACAGCCGAUUGUGAUACAGCCUGGAAUCAAACCAGGGUCUGUAGUGGUGCCUCUAGCACUGAGAUGCUGUGCCUUAGACCUCAGGAGGCAUCAGGAGCUUAUAAAUGUAAAGCUUUACCAGUAAACAUUCAAUAAAUUGGUCUCUCUUUCUGUCAUAAUUUUGCAGGUUUUGGAGUGCCAGUCCAAACUGUCAGAAUGCUGUUGAGAAUCUCCUUUCUUUCAUCUCUUGUUGCAUGCUGUAAGUAUAUCGUCCAGUACUUUCUUUCAUCUCUUGUUGCAGGCUGUAAGUAUAUUGUCCAGUAGUAAAUACAGGCUACUUCAACAGCAUGUUAGAGCAUGCACCAUGCACCAUGGAAGAGGGGUUGUAUUUAAAAGUGGAUUUCAAUAAAUAAAUAAAAAAUACCCCACUCAGCCCCUUCCACAACAACUUUGCAUGAAGCCUUAUUAAGUGGCUAUAAAUUCAUGUAAACAGAAUCCUUGGGGUUGCAGCAGCUUACUGGUGGAAUUACUGUAUGAGCAUUUACAGCAUGAUGGAGUGUUUCAUGCAACAUUAGAUUAAUUACAGCCAAAAGGGGGCUAUGCGCUAGAUGGCAGAGUGGCUCUGAAGGACUGUUGAGCAACACACAGACAGCACCCAUCUUAUUAGGGCAAUGAAACGAUUCUUCAACUGUCUGUCUGUCAUGGUUCUCUCUUCAGAGAAUAAAAUAAGUAACUCUGCCAUGUAAAUACAUGUGCUGUCUAAGUGUCCCUAAACAGGGCUCCUCCUGGUUGUAUGAAAACUACCAGUGAGUGAUAUCUAACCUAACGACAAGUCCAUGUGGACCUGCAUGUGCAGUUAGGUGUGUCUGUGUUGUGUGUUCAUGUCAGGCUUGCCUGGGUAAUCCAUUGGAAUUGAUUUAUCUACAAAUGCAAACCCAACUGCGCUUGCCUUUUCUUGAGGUUACCAUGGUGUCGCGUGUGCCAAAUUGAUUACACCUUAGUGAUAAGCAGCUCAUUUAAAUUACAAGGUCCGGCCUGCAUGUUCAGGUGACAGGCGGACCAAUUGGAAAUUCAUUGUGGUGUUGAGGGAAAUAGAGUUAAUGAAGUUCAAACACUGAUGAUAAGGCCUGCUGGUCAGAAUACCCACAACCCCACAACCUGACCUUUAACUAACUAAUAAUUAUGAUAAUCCUCAUUAUGAUUUUACCUGUGAUGGCUUUGCUAACCCACUGGGCACAGACGUCAAUCAAAUGUCUAUUCCACGUUGGUUACACCUCAUUUCAUUGAAAUGACGUGGAAACAACGUUGCUUCAACCAGUGUGUGCCCAGUGGGUUUGUUUUGCAGUGCAGUUUCAGUACAAGCUAAUUAAUUGAGUGUGAUUAAGAACUCCUGAUAUCUCUCUCUCUCUCUCUCUUCUACAUCCAAGUUCUGCUCUUUGGUUUUGCUCUUGAAAGUGAAAUGAGAAGGGAUGGAGGGAUGGAGGGAUGGAGGGUUGGAGGGAUGGAGGGAUGGAGGGAUGGAGGGUUGGAGGGAUGGAAGGAUGGAGGAAUGGAGGGUUGGAGGGAUGGAGGGAUGAAGGGAUGGAGGGUUGGAGGGAUGGAGGGAUGGAGGGAUGGAGGGUUGGAGGGAUGGAGGGAUGGAGGGAUGGAGGGAUGAAGGGAUGGAGAAGGAGAAGAGGAAGAAGGUCAAAGAUGUCAUUGAAGUAUAAAAGGUUUGAAGGUGGGAAAAUACAUUAAAAGAAUGGAAAAGAAGGUUGGAGAUGUUGUAGAGAUCAAAAAGGACCCAAAAGUAGUAAAAAGGAAAGGAUCUGACCCGAAACAAAAAGGUCAAAGGCAAAAAUACAGAAAUUCCAAGACGUGGCAAGGAGCCAAGGAAUGACACUGGCUGCACCAGCAUCGGUGGCAUCUGCUAACGCAGUUCCUAAGUCUGCCAGGGGAGGUACCUGAAGACAAGCGUGCCAUACCUAAGACAGUGCUGUGUGCCAGGUGACACAUUACUCCAUAACUCUCUGCUUGGUAAAUCACAAAACACUAUAUAUUUGUUUUGUAUAAAGUGGUAAAUUAACACAGUCUUUAGGUCAUUGCUGUCUCUCCAACCGGGGCUUGGAGCGACCUGUGUGCCGGUCAACAACAGAGUGAGGGGUUGUGACGUGUUCGGCUGUGGAGGCUUAGAGCAGAGGACAUUUUUCCUAUUUUGGGGACAUGUUUGCAUAUUUAUUUGCUGUUGACUUUAUUAGGAUCCCCAUUAGCCUACGCCAAUGGCGACAGCUAGUCUUACUGGGGUCCAACACAUAACGAAAAAUACAGUACAGACUAAAAUACUUUACAAUUUACAUACAUUUAAAUAACAUUAAAAUGUAGAUGUUACAGACUACAACUAAAGAUUUGCAUUUAAAGCUAAAUAUAUUUUGAAUGUUUUCUCUCACAGAGACGGUGAUGGCCUCCACAAGGCAGUGGACGUGGUGUGUGAUGAUUACGGUAUUGUCAGCGCCCCCUUCUCAGGUACCCUGGGGGGGCCAGUGGUUGGUAUCCUGUACGAUGGCAUUAAACUCUCUAACUCUGGUGAGAACUUCAUACUGUAUGGUGUACACUUGUAGCUUAAUUGCCGUAGAGCUCACAUUCAGUGACAACCACACAAGAGCCUCGUAACUCAAGGAUGCUCCUACACCAUGACUGUGAGAGCUUGAACAGUACUAAUGAGUGAUUUGGAGGGAUUAACCAAGCUACUGGAGGAGGGCUGAGAUUACACUGAACUCCCCUUUGACACUUGGACCUGGCUGUUUUUAAAAUCUCAUCAAAGACAGCUAACACAUAAGGAUCUCCAGUAAUGGCCGCAUCCAUGCGUCUGCAUUAGCCGUCUGCAUCCUGGCCAGAAAAGCAGCAGCGCAGGAACAGGUAAACAACAUUAUUCUGCUCCUCGCUACCUCUAAUUGAACUGCGGUAUGGGAGGAACACAUGUUCUGUCAGAUCCUUUCAUCUUUGUGCAAUCUUUAGCAUGGUUACACAUCACAGGGAACAAACUAUCUCUAAGCUGACUUGCAGGCAGUGUGGAUUCCAUGGCUUCCUAAUGUGUGUUAGCCUGAGUGCCAGUCUGUUUAUUACCGUGAAUAUGCCUGCCAGCUGUACUGCGCAUGCUCUGAGAACGCGCCCUGGAAUAUCGUCCAGGCCCAUGGCCUUGCAGGUGUUGACCUGAUUAAAGACCCUUCUCACGUUGGCCUCAAUGAGCGAGAUCGCCCAUUCCUCUAGGUCAGUGACGGCCCUCACACCCGGCUCGAUGUUGUUGUUGUCAAAGCGUGCAUAAAAUGCAUUGAGUUUGUCUGGUAGAGCGGAAUCGUUGGGCAGAUCAUGGCUGGGUCUUCCUUUGUAAUCCGUAAUAGACUGUAGCCCCUGCCACAUGCGGCGGGUGUCAGAGCCUGUGUAUUAUGAUUUCAUCUUAUUCAUAAUUGCUCUUUUGCUCGUUUGAUGACUCUGUGGAGGUCAUAGCGGGACUUCUUGUACUUGUUCCUGUCUUCGGCCGUAGCAUCAGGGUUGUCUGCGAUAGCUCUGUGUGCGGUAGCCCUGCUCUUUAGUUUGGAUAAGAGGAAUACCUAUGUGAGAAUGCUGUUCAUUGACUACAGCUCAGCGUUCAACAACAUUAUCCCCUCCAAGUUCGUCACCAAGCUUAGGACUCUGGGUCUGAACACCUCCCUCAGCAACUGGAACCUGGACUUUCUGACGGGCCGACCCCAGGUGGUGAGGGUAGGCAACACCAUCUCCACCUGAGCCUUAACGUGUGCUUAGACCCCUCCUGUACUCCUUGUUCACCCAUGACUGUGUGGCCACGCACGACUCCAACACCACUAUCGAGUUUGCUGACGACACGACGGUGGUAGGCCUGAUCACUGGCGACAAUGAGUCAGCCUACAGGGAGGAGGUCAGUGACCUGGCUGUGUGGUGCCGGAGCAACAACCUCUCCCUCAACAUCAGCAAGACCAAGGAGCUGACCGUGGACUACAGGAAACAGGGGGGAGAGCAGGUAGACAGCUUCAAGUUCCUCGGUGUCCAAAUCACUAAAGACUUAAAAUGGUCCAAAUACACACGCACAGUCGUGAAGAAGGCGCCACAGUGUCUCUUCCCCCUCAGGAGGUUGAAAGAGUUUGCCAUGGGCCCUCAAAUCCUGAAAAGGUUCUACAGCUGUACCAUUAUGAGCAUAUUGACUGGCUGCAUCACUGCUUGGUAUGGAAAUAGCACCGCCUUCGAUCGCAUGGCGCUACAGAGGAUUGUGCGGACAGCCCAGUACAUUACUGGGGCCAAGCUCCCUGCCAUCCAGGACCUCUAUAUCAGGCGGUGUGAAAAGAAGGCUGGGAAAAUCAUCAAAGACCCCAACCACCCAAGCCAUAGACUAUUUUCUCUGCUGCCACACGGCAAAAGGUACCGGUGCAUCAAGUCUGACACCAACAGGCUCUUGAACAGCUUCUAUCCCCAAGCAAUACGACUGAUAAAUAGCUUUGUCAUAACCAUUUAUACAUUUACGCUUUGUCAUAACCAGGGUCUGAUGUGCGAGGAGCUAACGCAUGUCUUCAGGUCUUCAGGCAAUAACCUGCCCAGGGACUGCGCCCAGGGACUCCGGUUGAAAAUUAGCUGGCUGGCUAAAACCGGAACUUUUACUGAAACGUUGAUUAAUGUGCACAGCCCCUGUAAAAAUUUAAAUUAACUCAAACUCAAGGUUACUCAUCAUGCCAGCGUCGUUCAACGAACCACCUGCCUUACAUAACCAGUAUUUUCGUAUUUUUUGGGGUAUGUCAGAGUACUGUGAAGAUCUUUAACAUUCGUCCGUACUGCUACAUGGGGCCCAUCUCUCAGGGUGAGGCCCUGGGCUACCAGCUGCCACUACAGAAGUGCUUCUCUGGCAUCACCUCACACAUGGAGCUGCAUAUGUGUGACUGCUCCGACCUGUUACCAUACAUCUGA